AUGACGAACAUGGUUACACCCAUGCAUCACUCGAUGGAUCAAUUUGCGUUUGAUGAAGAUCCCUCGCUUAAUGAUUCGCAGCGGAAGAAGAGAAAGAUAUCGGCAAGAAAGGUGCUUAGUUUGCGGAAUAUUAUCAUUACACUGAUAGCUUUAUUUAUGGUGAUUAUUGCGUUUGUAGUGUGGAUUAUAGGAUUCACAGCUAGUAAUUCAUCAACUCGUUUGUUGAGUGAGAGGCUGAAGGAGAGUUCUUCCGAGAGAGUAGUAGUAAUGAUUGAGAGUAUGUUCUAUCAGGCGCAGGAUUUGGCUCUCACAUUCAAGAAUUUCUAUGAUCAACAAUCCGAUUACAUGUCCAACUUUUUUGUAAAUAGGACAAUAUAUGAAAGAGCAGUCAAAUCCAUGUUGUUUUCCUCACUCAUAACUAGGCAAUCUGCAAUGAAUUCUGUUAAUUUUGUUUUUAACACUGGUCAUAUUGUUGGAUGGGAGUGCUAUAACUUGGGUUGCAAUUAUAUAAUUUCGAGAGAGAGCGAUUUAACCAUGAUGGCUUACAAUUACGAUUUUAAGGCAGGUAAGCUCAAAGAUACUACAGUAUAUCAAGUACCUGGAUUCAAUGCUGCCACUAUUAUUCCAACAUACAAGGUGGUUACAGAUCCAAUUUACAAAAAUAGUACGGUGAGAGGAACUGGAAUGUUUUUCCCAAUUAGUAGACAUGUUGUUUUCGUGGAUACCUACGUUACAUCGAUUGCACUUCCGUACUAUGAUACGGAUGAAAAGUUGGUAGGUGCUGCCAACGUUGUAUUUUAUACUGACACACUGAAUAGUAAGGUCAGAGAAGCUAAUCCUUCACAAGAGGGUUACAUUAUAGUUAUCGAGGAUAGUGGUGUGAUUGUUGCUCACUCAUUUGCUAAUCAGACAGCCAUUAUGGAAAAACCAUGUUAUUUAGAAGGAAAUGCAGCAGUGAAAUCAUUAUGUUCCUAUUUUUUUCCACCAAAUGUAACUACCAUUAGUUCUAGAUUCCCUAGUAGUACUCAAAAAUUUUCUUUGGAUGGUUUGUCAAUUCAAAGAACUGAAACAUCGUUCCCUGGUGUAAAGUGGCAUAUUUUCAUUGCCAUUCCAGAUAAGGAAAUAUUAGGUGAUAUUGUAGUGCAGUCGUAUAAUACCAUUUGGAUCUCUGCACUUGUAUUGGUACUUGCAAUUAUAGUCUCUGUUCUGACAACCUUCUCACUGAUGAGAACUCUUUCACAAUUGGCCAGGUGUUUCGAUGCUAUUCGUAACUUGGAUUUGGAUGCAUCCACCAUUGUUAAAGCCACUUCAGGAAGAACCUAUGUUUAUGAAUUGGGAGAAUUACAAAACAAUUUCAAGAGUAUGAUUGUUACCCUUAAAUCUAUUAGAAAGUUUGUUCCAGUCCAAAUCAUUAAAAAGAUUCUCAUCACUGGCAAGGAAGCAUCACUGGGUAUUCAAGAUGCUGAUGCAACUAUCUUUUUCCUUGAUAUUGCUGGAUUUACCACUCUUUCAGAAAAGAUGGAACCAAAGGCUUUGGUAGAUAUGAUUUGUUCUGUAUUUGAAACUUGUUCUCAGGCAAUUUCAAGACGUGAUGGUGUUAUUGACAAGUUUAUUGGUGAUGCAGUUAUGGCAUUGUGGAAUGUUCCAACUAAAACUCCAGAUCACGAAUAUCAUGCCAUUCAAGCAGCCAUUGAAAUUCAAACAGAAAUGGAAAAGAAGAAUAUACCAAUUCGUAUAGGAAUCCAUAGUGGUCGUGUAAAAGCUGGUAAUAUUGGAAGUGUUGAUAGAUUUAGCUUUAGUGUCGUUGGAGAUGGGGCCAAUUUAGCCAGUAGAUUAGAAGGUGCCAACAAGGCUUACUCUUCAAAGAUUAUUUGUAGUAGUAGUACAAUGGAGGUUGCUCUCAUUAGUGAGGAACGAUUAGUUCUUCAUGAUCCAAAUAUAAAUCGACUCAUGUAUAGAAGAUUAGAUAAAUUGAAAGUGAAAGGUAAAGAACAACCAGUAUUGACCUACCAAGUCUUUCUCUCAAGCCAUCCAAAACAUACCAAUGAUUUAGACGCAAGAGAUGUUAAACUCUACGAAAAGGCUUUUGAUUUGUUGAUGAAAAAUCAAUAUAAGGAAGCUCUUGCAAUAUUUUAUACUCUCAUAGAUAAGGCUCCUAAAGAUGUUGUUUUGGAAAAGAAGAUUGAGUUGUGCAAAUCUUUAGUUGAGAAUGGUGGUUUUUAUGAUGAUGGAAAGAAGUUUGAUGGCUCUAUUGAAUUUACUGAGAAGUAA